AUGGCAGGCGGCCCCAUCAGGCUCCGCGAUAUCAGCGGCUAUCUGAUCCUGCUCAUCGUAAUCACGACGCUGGGAUCAUUACAGUUCGGCUUCCAUCUGGCCGAGCUCAACGCGCCCCAAGAUGUCAUCACCUGCCGUAAAAAAUCCAUCUCGACAUUCGAACGUAUUAAGGGAUUCGUCACCUCUGCGAAACCGAACGAGCCAUCGGGCGGCCUCUUCUCCAACUGUAUCCCCAUGAACGAAGCCGCUUUCGCAACCAUAUCGUCGAUAUUCACGCUGGGAGGCCUGCUGGGAGCUCUAGUGUCUGGUCCCUUCUCGUCUCGACGCGGUCGUCUUCCUGCGAUGCGCUUCACCGCCCUGCUCUACCUGUUGGGGGCCGCCAUUGAGACAAUCGCCGGAAGUGUCUUUGUUAUGGCGCUCGGCCGCCUCAUUUCCGGAAUUGGCGCUGGUGCCUCUACUGUUGUGGUACCUCUGUACAUCAGUGAGAUUGCGCCACCCAAGGAGCGCGGUCUCUUUGGUUUCAUGACCCAGAUCUCCAUCAACGUGGGCAUUCUAGGCGUUCAAACCCUCGGAUACUUCCUGAGCUAUGGGAACGCUUGGAGGUGGGUCCUUGGCUCCGGGUUCUUUAUUGCUGCAGCACAGACUCUAGGUCUGGUGGUUGUGCCAGAGAGCCCAUCAUGGCUGGCUGCACAGGGUGACUCGACAGACGCCAAGAGGACGUUGCAGAGGAUCCGUGGCAUGGGCUACGACAUCCAUGAGGAAACCGAGACAUGGAGCUCCGAUGAACGGGAAGCGACUGAAGAGGAGGGGCUUCUUCAGGCUGAUGGAGCAGCUGAAACAGCCCCUGCUGUCAAGGGCCCUGUUGAGCACCUCGGCUUCCUUCAGGUGCUCAAGGACCCCCUCUACAGGCCCGCCAUUGUUGCCGUUGUUGGCAUCAUGUUUGUGCAACAAUUAUGCGGCAUCAACUCGAUCAUCAUGUACUCUGUCUCGCUCCUCGCGGAUCUCCUCCCCAUUUCCUCGGCCCUGCUUACCAUCCUCAUCUCUGUGGUCAACCUGAUCACGACGGUUGCCUGCGCUCCUCUACCUGACCGACUCGGCCGCAAGACCUGUUUGCUUGCGUCGAUCAUCGGACAAGGAUCAAGUGCCUUUGUUCUUGCUCUUUCGAUUGUCUUUGGCGUCAAGAUUCUGUCGGCCUUUGCUGUCGUCAUCUUCGUGGGUUUCUACGCUGUUGGACUCGGUCCCGUGCCUUUUAUCCUGGCCUCUGAGCUGGUCGGACAGGAAGCUGUCGGAGCUACACAGAGCUGGUGCCUUGCGGCCAACUAUGUGGCUACAUUCAUCGUGGCCCAAUUCUUCCCCAUCGUCAACACAGCCCUGAACAACCUUCUUGGCGGCCAUGGAUGGGUCUACUUCAUCUUCGCUGCCCUGGCCAGUGGAUCAGCCAUCUUUGUCGCCUGGAACGUGCCAGAGACAAAGGGUAAGAAGGAUGCCGACGAGGUCUGGGGCAGAACGCGACGGGUUGAUUAG